GCGGAAACCGAUUGGUCAGUUCGAUUUUGGCAACAUCGUGAAGAUGAGGUCGUCAACUUUGGUGCUUAUUGCUCUUCUCUGUACAGCUACACUAGCGCAUUGUUUCGCUAAACGUAACAAGCGGCAAGAAUUCGUGGAAACCCCAUCUUUAGCAACACACGAUGACGAUGGUAUGGUUGCAGAAACUUCAGCGAUGGUGUUAGUCAGAAGUUUUGGAAAAAAAUGUGCUGGAACUUUAAUCACGGAGAGCAUCAUUCUAACACCUGCCCAUUGUGUGAAUAACUCGGAAUCGGCAACUGUUCAAAUUAUUAAAACAAACUUGCCUUUUGUUUACGUGGAAGAGCAAAAGUUAAAUGUCAGCCAUGUGGUUACACAUCCAAAAUAUAAUGAAGGAGAUCAAUGGUAUAAUAUUGCUAUACUGAAGCUAGAGAAACCAACCGAGUAAGAUAACUCAUCUUUGAUGUACAAAGAAAAGUAAGUAUUUCUUGGAAAAUAGUAAUUUUAUCGAUUUAUUAUUCUCUUGCGGUAUUGUUUUGUAUUGCAGAUCCAUCAUCAAAUGUUUAUACAUAUGACAUGGUACAGUUCAAAAAUUUAAAGCUAUUGAAUAACACGGAGUGCAUGUCAUACGGGCAGCAGAAAGGAGUAUGGAGGGCGAAUAUGUCAGAAGUCCAGAGUUGCAUUUGUAAUAGGAAAAUCAUUAGAGAAAAAUUUGAUGGAUAUUUGAAUAUCAAUUUAAUUUACGAAAACCACGUUGUACCAUACGUGAUCGGAAUACUGUCUCAUUCCAUACACCUACGCCAAUUUUCAAUUGAAACGUUUGUUCAAAUUUCCUAUCUUACCGAAUGGAUAAAGGAAACGUUUCAAGAUCUAGGAGAGGAAGUCCCAUCUUCGCUGUUCGAUCCACUGGUGUGUGCUGAACGAUAUUUAGAACAAAGGCAGAAGAUCCAGGGCAACCUGCUGGUAAAGAAAAUUGACUCAGUAGAAUACAUGGUAAUAAUUCCAGAUAGCUCGUCAUCAAACCAGACAGGCACGUGUGUAGGGGUGCUGAUUAGAAGUGACGUCGUGGUGACGUUAGCGCAAUGCGCUAAUUAUUUAAUUAUUCUUUCUUCUUGGGUAAUUUUGUCCGAUUAUUCCUCCAAGAGCAUUCGCGACGUUUUCAUACAUCCCGGGUAUAAGGAAGACACAUUUUACAACAAUAUUGCAUUGCUGACGCUUACAUCAGAAACGUCAAUUACACCUGCCAGCAUGUAUUUUUACUCAUUCGAAAAGGAAAGAGUUGCACUGCUCGGUUAUAAAAAACGCUUCUUUUUCAAAGAUUUAAUCGAAACUAUAGCCGAAGCUCAACAACUUUCCAUUCUUUUUGACGAUGAUUGCAACCCAACCCAGGAGCAACGUUCCCGAUUGGCUGAGGGACUGCAGGUGGAACACAUGUGUCUCCGUAAUGAGCAUUACAUUGUUCCGGGUAGCUGUGAAGCGAGGCCAGGAUCUCCGGUAGUUUUAUCGAGUGAUAUUGGAAGCGUAAUAGGUUUGUCCAUGUCUGGGAACUAUUGUGGCUUUGGGGAACCAGCAAUUGUCACUCUUUUUCAUGAUCACCUGGUUUGGAUCAGUUCAGUGCUUGAAACUCCUCCUAAGGAGUGGUUUGUGUUCACCAUUCCUGGCUUAAAGAUGUCAGAAGUAUGUGUCUAUCCCGAAGGCACAGUAGGAACAUGUGUUUCACGCACAAGCUGUCCCAGCGUGCAUCAGCGAGUGAAAGAUAAUUUGCCAAUCUUUUUCUGCACGGAUAAAUCAAUCGUUUGUUGUCCGGAAGAUAGUGCCACAGAGGAUGAUGUGGGAUUUGCAAUUUUUCGUUCUUAGACGAAUUCUUCAGUGGACAGUGAUAAAAAAAACAUUGUUCCGAAUUCACAUCAUGGCCUGAAUCAAGUGAAUAAAGUAUUCCUUCUCUGUGUUCACACGAGCACCGUUUGACAAUA